GGCUAUAUAAGCCAGUUUUACGCCAUGUCGUUCCAGGACCUACUAUAUCCUAGUAUUACAUUUAGAACAGCUAAGCACUAUAUACACUAUCGUAAGGCCAAGCACUUUAAGGACGAGGAGUCCGCAGCCUAUAUCGCCAGCCUACCAACCACAUAG